UACAAUUAUCAGAAACUGAAAAAACUGAAAAGUCAAACAGUUCUUAUCAUUUUAUCAACUUGGAAACAAUAAACUAAACAAACGUACACCAAAAGUUGACGGCAUUUUCCAUAGUCUUACUCCAGCCUAAAUAAGUCAAUGAGUAUAAAAUAAUUUGCUCAUUUUUAAGAUAAAUGAACAAAACAUGACGGAACUACAAGGAGAUGAUUGGGACCUACCUUGCUCAGACGACGAGCUCUCCAAAGCGGGAACAACAAUCGGCAAAAACUGGGUCCUUGAGGCCUCGGAGCUAGAAGAACUAUACAAUAAAAUAGAUAAGAACGGCACUUUGGCUUUAGAAUGGAAAUGCCCUGGUAGACGAGCGCCUUCGCCUGUUAAUGUUAAGAAAGAAGCUAAAAUCGAAGUACCCCAGUCACCAGUGAAGGAAGAGAAGUCAGAUUUUGACUUUAUGGAUGAGGUAAGUUCAUUAAGACUGCGGGUGAGGCGGGAAGGGGAGGAUACAUUACGGGGUUCUGCUAAGAAGAAGACUACAUCAUUCGAUGGUAUUCUAUCAAACAUGAUCAGGCACAAACGCAUUGAGCAGAUGGAGAAGCAGGCAAACACUCCUACUACGUCAGCUCCGAGCACUUCCUGACCUUUGCCAGGUACUAGGAACAGGCAACUUCGGAGGACAUAGUCUUGUGUCACCAGAUUAUUCUUCUGUCAUAAAUUCCCAUUGGUAAUCUGAUAAUCUCAUACAUUUUGUGGCAAAGUAUUUGGUUAAAAAUUAUAUCAAAUUGAAAUAAUUCAAAGACAAGUUGUUUGAGAUAUUAUUGCAAAUUAUAUUUUGUCCAGUAUACCCAUUAGUUUAAAUCAAGAAUGCUGCCAGAAAAAUGAACAAAAUUAUUAUAAUUAUUAACUUUGUGAGCUGUAGACCUCAUGUUAAGCUAAGAAAAUGUUAGUUUGUUGGGUCUAUAACACAAAGAACUCAUAAUGAUCUUAUGGUAGCCACUAUAUGGCACUUACCACAUUUUGAAAAACAUCCAUUAACUGGAUGAACAAAAAAAUAUGUUAAUUAUUUUUUUUUGUUUAAUAAAGCUCAGUUAAGUUAAAAAAUUGCAUCUAAUACUCACAAAAAAAGUACAUUGCAAAUUAAUACAGGGUGAAAAAUUCAACAGGCCAUUAAUGUAAUGAAUAAUUUAAUUUUAUAGUUAAAUAAAUAUUUAAAGAGACCAACUGUUAUAUUAGUAUUUUAUUUUAUAAGUAUACUACUGUAAAAUGUACCUACUUUGCUUCAGAUUCUCCAGAAUUUGAUCCAAAAUUCGGAAGCUAGUUUAUUUUUUAUUAAAUAUACAUAAACAUUUAAUUUAAAGUUGCCCAUCACUGUGACUACUAUGAUGUUGUCAGUGUUGUUACUGUUACAUUUAUAUGAGGUUCUGAUAUAGUUUUAAUGCAAAUAUUGAAACUUUUGGAGCACAAUUACCCAGUGAGGAGCAAAGUAGCCACAUUUUACAGUAAGACUAUUUUUAUAAAUUUACUUUUAAACAUUUUAAAUUUGGUGUUAUACCUAAUAAAGUUCCUUGAUAUUAAAAAAAGAUAGAAUGUAUAAUUAAAUAUGGAUGUUAUACCAUAAAUAAACCAUAAUAUUUAAAAAGUAUAAAUAGAUCUAGUCUAGUACUUAUUAAGAGAUGUUAUAAUUAUAAAUCUACAAAAUGAAAAUGGUCCGUUCAGACUUCAGAUGUACCUACCGAUUUGCGCAUUUGCUAGAUCUGGAAGGACCUUAUUAUUAGUAUUAA